UUGGCUUUUGCUUUCAUUAUUUUGACGUUGAUUUUUUCAUUUUUGUUUGUUUGGGUCAAGGGUUUGGUGGAUAGAAUAAGUGAGUUAGGUGAUGGAAUACUUGGAGGAAUAGUUUCUCGCUUGCCGCUAAAACAAGCAGUUGCUACUUGUGUCCUUUCCAAACGAUGGCGCUACGUGUGGUCGCAUACUAGAACCUUGAACUUUCACGAUGACUAUAGGUUCCCUGAGGAGCCGCUCGAAGCAGAGAAGCGAAAAGAGAACUACGUGAAGUUCGUCGAUGAUGUUUUGAAACACCACACAGGGGGACAUCUAGACUAUUUUCUGGCUCUUUUUGAUGUGGAAAAAGAUAAAUCUACAAAUACAACAGUAAGUAAAUGGCUCGAGUUUGCGGAGAAAGCCAAAGCCCAGACAGUUACGUUGCUCAUGUUGGUCGAGGGAGCAUACUCUGGUAGUAUGGACUUGGCCUAUGAGUCUGCCCACACAUUUAUGGGUAACUACGAGAUGAUGGAGUGUAAUGGUCUGACUGAUAUUGCACACCCUUGCAAGUACAUGGGAUUCCAGUUUCUAAAGUCUAUCCAUUUGACAGCGAUCGCCACGAUGGGAGAAGCUUUGAAUUGCCUGUUGGUAAACUGCGGAGGGUUUAGGGAUGAUAAGCUAAGAGUUGUUGGACCAUCAAAGCAAUUGAUGCACUUAGAGAUAGUGAAUUGCAGUGCCCAAGCACUUGAGAUCAAUCAUCCAAACCUGGUAUCAUUUAGUUAUGAUGGAGAUUAUAAAACGUUCUUUCUCUCGAAUGCACCUCUCCUUGCUGAGUUGGUGCCUUACCCCUUGUUUGGUUUUCAGUUCUACGGGAAUCAUGGAAAUGGAAUUACAAAAUUAGCAAAUCUCAAACAUUUGGAAGUAAAGAUUGCAGCUGAUGAGGAUUGGUGUGUCCUUCUAUUAGCUUCCUGCAUUGAGGCAUGUCCAAAGUUGCAGAAACUGGUGUUGGAGGUAUAUAUAUAUUCUUGCUUGCUAGUGAAACUUCCUAUUUAAUUUGUGUAUAGAUGGUAGUUCACUCGUGUACGCUGGAGU